AUGACGAAGGGCGUGGAGUUGGAGGUGUUGAUGGACCCACAACAUGGACGUUGGCAGAUCCAAACACCCCCUGGAGCCCACCCUGGUGGCCGCGGGGGCGGGGCUGAAGGUGCCUUUCGGAGCUACACCACAGACCUCGGAAUUCCUCGGAAACCACCCCCAUUCAUGGGGGGGAACGCGUGUCUGGGGCGAGAAGACGGUGUCCAACCAGAAGUGGAGGUCACCAUCGUCCCCCCCUCCUUGGAGGACCUCUACCUCAGCCAAAACGCCAGUGUCACCUGCGUGGCCACCAAUGUCAAAACUCCGGAGGACGUCAAGUUCUCCUGGGCGCGGGAGAAAGGGAAUUCCUUGGAUGUCACCACCGGGGAGCCAGAGAGCUUGGAAAACGGGCGCUACCGCCUCAGCAGUGUCCUAAAAAUCUGCGCCGAGGAGUGGAAUUCUGGGGAGAAGUUCACCUGCACCGUCAAGAUCCCGGAGUUUGACGAGUCUGUCACCAGGUCGAUUAAGAAAGACAUAG